AUGGAUGAUCCGUUUGAUUCUUGUGUGAAUUUGGAGGAGACCCAUUUGAUGGAAGGCUACAACGAAGGCUACAGCGAUGGCCUUGUUGCGGGCAAGGAGGAGGGAAAGCAGGUCGGGCUCAAGGUCGGUUUUGAGGUUGGUGAGGAAGUUGGCUUCUACAGCGGCUGCAUCUACAUCUGGACAUCCGCCAUCCAGAUCGAUCCAGCCUGCUUCUCUUCACGGGCCAAAACGGCUAUCACCCAGAUGCAGGACUUGAUCCACAAAUACCCUCUAAUGGAUCCUGAAGAUCUACAAGUGCAGGAGAUCAUGGAUAGCCUCAGGCUCAAGUUCAAGAUGAUGUGUUCUUCAUUGCAUGUCAAGCUCCACUAUAAAGGCUAUCCUGCUGAGGCUAAUGACACUCAGUUUUGA